AUGGUUGAGCCUGAAUUUCAGAAUUUCCUGAUGUUGGUGGCCGUCAUCUCCCACAUCUGCCACAGCCGGCGCUGGGUUUACGUCUGCAUUGCCAACAUGACACCCAGUGACCUCCUAACCGGCACUGCCUACCUGGUCAACAUCUGUAUGUCUGGCAGCCAGACGUUCCGCCUCAGCCCCGCGCUUUGGCUGUUCAGAGAGGGCCUGCUGUUUGUAGCUCUGGCAGCAUCCAUAUUCAGUCUAUUGCUAAUUGCUGUAGAGCGUUACACCACUAUGAUGAAGCCACUGAACCAGAAAUCAUCCAGUAAGACCAACUAUAGGAUCUAUGGCUUGGCGGUACUCUGCUGGGUUUUUGCACUGGUGAUUGGCUUCCUUCCAUCGUUGGGCUAGAACUGUGUGUGUGGCUUGGACGGGUGCUCCACCCUCCUCCCCCUCUACUGCAAAAUCUACAUCUUUUUUUCUCUUAUCAUUUUCUUCCUCAUCCUCCUGGCUAUCGGCGUGAUCUACGGUGCCAUCUACUGCCACGUACACAAGAGUGCACAGCUGGCCCCCAUUCGCAGUCGUAAGGACUCCAUGGAACUGGCCCCAACAAUGUGA